CACCUACCACCCAACUCUACGUCGUGUAGCGUCUAUUUCCCUUUCACUAUGAUCGCGGCUCAUCUUCGCUGGAUCUGAAGAUCUUCUUCAUCUGGUAGAUUAGUCUUCAUUCUUCAGUAGUCGAUGACUAGCCGCCAUGCAGGGUGUUAGUGCGUUAUUGUUUUUGGGCAUUUUGGCACUAUGGUCCAGUACCAGUGCAGUAUUCCUCAAUCACCGGCCAUUCCCCACCUACAAUUUGGAAAAUAUGCCAGACACGCAGUUCAGUUGCAGAGACAAAAUUCUGGGAGGUUACUAUGCUGAUCCUGACGCCCAAUGCCAAAUGUUCCAUGUGUGUGUCAAAGUUGCUGGUUUAGGGGUUCAAGACUUCCGUUUCCUCUGUCCAAACGGGACAGCCUUUGACCAAGAUCAUCAGAUUUGCGCCGAAUGGGAGGACGUAGAUUGUGAUGCAACUACCUUGUACUAUUCCAGUGACAAUUUCGACUUGUACAGGGUCGGAUCAGGAUUCGAGUCGAAAGCUGUAAAAUAUGGCGAAGACGAGGAAACUUUCGCCCUUCAAAGGGCCGAAACUGGCGACGCCCGUAUUAAUCGAGAACAACAGACGCAAGUGGUGAACCAAAAUAAAGAUUACCAACGCCCACAAACCCGAAGAAAUAAUAAUUUCAAUAAUAAUAAUAAUAAUAAUCGCGAUCAAGAACGUGACAUCUUUAGGGCCUCCAGCUCAUCAAAUUUCUUUAAUAAUCGCAACAACGGAAAAGAAAACGAUGAGGAUUACGACGAUAACGUCAAUAUCAAUCAGAACAGAGAUUACGAACAAAAAAGGAAAAUUGUGAGGAAGCAGCAGAAGAGACCUGUGCAACAGACUGCUGCACCUGUACAACAAACACCUGCACCCAUACAGCAACAAGUACAGACCAGAAGACCAGCAAGACCAACGGGAUUUGUGAAUAACUUUGCUGGUAGUAGCUACAAUCCAACCACACAACGUCCUGCUUCCCCUGCUGCUAAUAGUGACCAAUACAGCACACCUUCUAGUGUAACUAAUAAUUUCAGAAGAGGGCAGCGUCAGAGGAUAAACACCAACCAAAACAACAUUGUUAGUUCAACCAUUUCAUAUCCUAAUCCAACUCCUAGUUAUACCAUUAGUACUCCAGCCCCGUUCAGGCAGAGUCCACCAGCAAGUAAACCAUUUAGUCAAAAUGUCCCUAGUUCCACUGAAAACUACCCCACAGCAAAACCCACCAACGCUGCCGUAAAUUACAACACAAACUAUGACGUUCCAAAAAUCUCCAACACACAAACUGAAAACUAUCCUUCUAAUAAUCCUCAAUAUGCUAAACCAACCACUGCAUUCGCAAGCUCUCAGUAUAAUACAGCUUUCGAUAAGAAACCAACCAGCCCAAAAAAAAUCGAUACCUAUAAACCAACCACAUUCUCACCUAGCGCUAAGCCAUUCAGCAUUUCCAGCAACAGUUUUCCAACCACUUUUGCCCCAAGAACUCAACAAGGCUUCACCCAAAUCGCUCAGCAAACUAACAGUUUCAAUAGCCCCAAAAAUCCCUUUUCACAGCAAUUCAACAGUCCCAGUACCACCCAAAGGUCCACCACGAUCACCCAAUAUACGCCUACAGUACCAAAAAUCUCUUCAACAACCCCAGUGGGUCGAUCAAACAGGUUCGAUGAGACCCAGUACGAUGAUGGUUCUUACGAUCCUAAAUAUGACUAUAAUGGAGGAGGUGAGGAUGAAUUCCUAAAGACUGCUCAUAGUCAAAAUAUAGCCAGUAGCAGGAAUGAGUUGGUUAAAGCCCAAAAGAAGCAGCAGCAGGUUACCACCACCCAAAAGCCUUUCAGUACUGCCUCUUAUACCAGUAGAGCAACUGAAAACUAUCCAAAGUCUACCCUGCAGAGCGCUUCAAGAGGAUCUACACCACAAGUUACCCAUAGGCCAGUAGAAAACGUUCCAAAGGAAGUACCAGUAAAGCAGAGCAAUAAGAAAGUGAAAAAUGUCAGCUAUGACUAUGCUUACUACGACAGUUUUGGAUCAGAACCAGAUUAUGACAUAGAUACAGAAAUUAAGAAAUCAAAAGUGUAGUUCUUAGGUUUAGUUAUUUAAAGUUAUUUGUUAAGUCUGGUAUAAAUAAGAUUAUCAAUUCUGGAGAUGAAAACCAGUAUUUCAACAAUAUUUAAGGCCCAAUAUUUAAUUACGAACGUUAAGUUAUAAGUUUGUACAUAUUACAUUAAAAUAUUGUUAUUUUUUA